AUGACAAAGAAAGACUCAAUAAAUUUUCUCCAGCACACCAAAUAAAUAAGAAGGGAUUAGAAAGGGGGAAGAGUGAACAUAAUGAGACGAUAAGAUGAGAGUGACUAAAUUACAAAUUAUGAGGAGAUAAUAAAACAAUGCCUUGAGAGGAUGAAGAAAACAUAGGGUGCACUAACAGAAGAGUUUCUGGAGGCAUAAGAUCAGACACGAUGGGGAGGAUUUUGA